AUGACUGUCUCUGUUGCUCAACGUCCUGCGUCCCCUGCACCCACACCGAGCAAGAAGCUCGGUACUGACCUCGCCGCUCUCAAAUUCGGCACUCCAGCCAAGGAGAAAUCCCUACUCAUCAUUGACGAUGAAAAACGCGCAGUCUCACCCGCUUCUGUCACUGAUGCCACCGAGCUCGUUGUCGCACCAAAAGUCGCGCGCAAGUACGUCGGCGAGGUAGACCUUCCUGAAUCUGAGGAGCCUUUGCUCAAAGAGUCGCGUCGUCGUUUCGUUCUCUUCCCCAUCCAGUACCACGAGAUUUGGCAAAUGUACAAAAAGGCAGAGGCCUCCUUUUGGACUGCCGAAGAAAUGGAUCUCUCAAAAGAUAUCCACGACUGGAACAACCGCCUCAACGACAACGAGCGUCACUUCAUUUCUCACGUCCUCGCCUUCUUCGCUGCCUCCGACGGCAUCGUCAACGAAAACUUGCUCGAGCGCUUCUCUAAUGAAGUCCAAGUAGCCGAAGCUCGCUGCUUCUAUGGUUUCCAGAUCAUGAUGGAGAACAUCCACUCCGAAACUUACUCUCUUCUCAUCGACACCUACAUCAAAGAUCCUGCCCAGCGCGAUUAUCUCUUCGACGCCAUCGAAACUGUUCCUUGCAUCAAGCGUAAGGCUGAGUGGGCUCUCAAAUGGAUCUCUGACCCCGAGGCUUCCUUUGGCGAGCGCCUUGUCGCGUUUGCUGCCGUGGAGGGUAUUUUCUUCUCCGGCUCCUUUGCAUCUAUCUUCUGGUUGAAGAAGCGUGGUCUCAUGGCGGGUCUGACAUUCUCGAACGAGCUCAUUAGUCGCGACGAGGGCAUGCACACCGACUUCGCUUGCCUGCUCUUCAGCCAUCUUAAGCGCCGCCCCCACCCCGAUACUAUCCAAAAUAUCAUCACUGAAGCCGUGAAGAUCGAACAGGAGUUCCUUACAGAUGCUCUUCCCUGCAAACUCAUUGGCAUGAAUGCCGACCUGAUGUGUCAAUACAUCGAAUUCGUCGCUGACCGUCUUCUUGUUUCUCUCGGCAACGACAAAGUCUACAACAAGACGAAUCCGUUCGACUUCAUGGAGAUGAUUUCUCUGCAAGGCAAGACCAACUUCUUUGAGAAGCGUGUGUCAGACUAUUCCAAGGCUGGCAUCAACCACACUACAACGGAAGGCAUUAGCCAGCCGUCAAAAGAAUUUGUUCUCGAUGAGGACUUCUGA